AUGGCCAAGAAGAAGCUCGCCAUCAUCGGUGGCUCAGUUAUCCUUCUUGUCGCCAUUGUCACUGUUAUCGUCAUCACUCUCACUGAUAAAAACCCCAAUGCACCAUCUCCGACCGCCUCCACAAACAGCUCAGGCCAAAUCAAGACCUCCGUAAAAGCCAUUCAAAACAUCUGCCACCCAACUGAUUACAAACAAACAUGUGAAGAAACCCUUACCGCGGCAGCCGGCAACAUUACCGACCCGAAAGAGCUUGUAAAACUCGCCUUCCAAGUUACUAGUGACCAAAUUAAACAAGCAUUGAACCAUUCCACCCUUCUCUUAAAUGCCGAGAAGGAUCCUUUGAGUGUUGGAGCUCUUAAGGAUUGCCGUGAAGUUUUUGGCUAUGCUGUUCAAGAUCUUCAAGAUACAAUUGAUCGCUUUAGUAACUUCGAUGCCAGUACGAUCGACAACAUGGUUGACGAUAUUAAGGUGUGGCUUAGCGCCGUCGUGACUUACCAAGAAAGUUGCCUUGAUGGCUUCUUGAAUGUCACUUCCGACGCUGGUCAGUCCAUGGCUGCCGCUCUAAACAUUUCGAAACAAAUGUCUAGCAAUGCAUUGGCCAUGGUAGACGGGUUGGGUGCACUUAUCGGUUUGAUCAACAUUCCGCAGUUCAACAGGAGACUUCUUGCUGAGGCGAAGACCGGAGACUUCCCGUCUUGCCUGCUGUCACAGUCGCUAAGGAUGGCUCCGGUGACUUUAAAACCAUCAGUGAAGCUCUCCAGGGAGUUCCAAGAAAAACAAAUACAAGUUAUUAUGUGA